CACUAUCAUAAUCACAUGAUUUGCAAGUUGUCAAAAUGUCCCACAGCGGUGUGAAAGGAAAACUGAUAGCUGUUAUUGGCGACGAGGAUACAUGUACGGGGUUCCUCCUUGGUGGUGUGGGUGAGCUUAACAAGAAGAGAGAGCCAAACUUCCUUGUGGUGGAUAAAAACACCAGUCGACAUGACAUAGAAGAAACAUUUCGUGGUUUUCUGAAGAGGGACGAUAUAGCCAUUAUUCUGAUCAAUCAGACAAUAGCUGAGGAAAUCCGGUUUGUGAUAGACACACAUAAUGAGCCGUUGCCAGCUGUUCUAGAAAUCCCCAGUAAAGAUGCCCCCUACGACGCCAGUAAAGACUCCAUUCUCCGACGAGCAAAGGGUAUGUUCUCCUCUGAAGAUAUGCGAUGAGGUUCCACAUCAAUUAGGCACAGCAAUUUAGAAUAUUGAACAAAUUAUCAUUGUACCUGUAUUUAAUAUGUAUUCCAGCAUUUUGGUAGUGUAUACCAGAAUACAGAACCAACCCUGCAUCUGGACGUUAAAACUGCACAAAUUUUAUAUGAAACUGCUUUGAUUUCAACAAAACAAACAAAUGUAUGAGGGCUAUUUCAGUAAAAAAUCUAUCCCGCCCCCAGAACUUCAGGUUUUGAUAUGGGAGCACCACCCUUAAAAUCAAAUUAAUUAUUUACAUAUGGAAGUUGUAGGCAGGAACCUGACCAUGGAAAUUUCUUUUUAUCUUAGGGACUCGGGUCUGGUAGAUUUUUACUGGAAUAGCCCUAAGGAUGUACAUUCCGAUUAACAUCAUGUCUCGCGCUGACAAAUGACAAGUAAUAUUAAGCAAAACAUACUGUGUCUGGCAUACUUUUAUCCUUUCUGGAAAACAGAAUAUAUUCAAAUAAUUAUUAUUCAAAUUGUAAUAUUGAAAGAAUAUCUUAAAAUGGUUGGUUCUUCCAGAGUUUCAUUUGGCUCAUUUGGUGUUUAUAUAGUCUGUUAUGAAUUAAAGUCAUACAUUGAUGCGAAGUUUUUGGAUCUCUUGUGAUAUACAUGGUGGUAAUGACUGUAUACAUAGUCAGUAGAGUGAAAUCCUGUGUUGUAUAUAGAGAGUAUCUGUUCAUAUAUUUGUGACCAUUUACGUUUAUUAAAUGAUUUCUUCUAUAUAUACCCAUCCAUGCAUACCAUUAUUUACCAUGGAAUUGACAUGCAUUCCUUCAUAUUUUACAUUUUGAUAAAUGAUGUGGGGUAAAAGAAUUUUCUGAAUCAAAGCUGAUUAUCAGUUUGUCGACUGUGUUGCUAUUUAUCAUAUCAAUAUCAAAUUCAUUUCAAUGCCAAAUGAACUGAUGUGUACUAGAAACAUGUAGUACAGGUACUAGUUUUGUCCGUCAAUACAUCUUUAUUACAGACAAGGCUAAAGUACCGGGGGGCUACCCGAGUAGUAAGCAUAUGAAUGUCGUGAAUUUAUUACAUUGUAUGUAUUUUCGGUAAAAUCUUAAUAUUAUACCCAUCACAGGGGCUUAUAAUAUCUACUGUAAUCACAGGGGCUUGUAACCUAUACUAUAGCUCUUAGAUUUUUAAGUUUGCUAAAACAGAAUUUGCUUAAUUCAUUGCGCUUCUGAUAUAAAAAGUUAGGCAGGAUUUUUCAACAUUUAUGAUUUUGUGCAAAAUUUAUACCCUGCAAGAUUUGUUCCAGGAGCAAAUCUGAAAGCAUACAAUAUUUAUGAAUUACGUAAACAGAAUAUUAAAUGUAUAUCAUUUUUAUUUCACAUUUUUGACAGAGAACCUAUACUGCUAAUAGUGCUUCACCACAAAAGUGGUAUUUAUUGCGAUGGAACAAGAUUUUAGCAUUGUUUAACAACAUCUAGUCAAAUAUUAUUACGGUAGAAAUAUUACAUUAUUUUAACUGCGAUUAUUGUUGUAAUAUAUUCUUCAUUCUUGCCACCUUACUGUAAUUGACAAAGAAACAAAAUUUGUAUUAGGUUUUCCAAGCUUUUAUGAAAGUAGAUGGUUUUGAAUUGUCAUACUAAACAAGUACAUGUAGUACUGGAAUGAUCAAUAUUGUGAAGAAAAAAAGUUAUUUUUCAAGUCUCUUUUGAAUUUAAAAAAUAAAUGUUUGCUACUUAAUAUCGGAAACAUUGGUGCAUGUAUCCCUGUUAUUAAUUCUGUUACUUGAGGUUGAUAUUAUUUUUUGUUUAUGCUGAUGAGAAUGGAGACUAAGUAUAUAUAUAUAUAUGGUGUAAGGGUGAACGAGUGUUUGUAUAAUGUGACCAGUAGGAUUGUGCUAGCAAUAAAUAUUAGCCAAGGUAA